ACACCCGUCACUAUGCCUGGUGAAAUUCUGCAACGUUUCAGCACCUCGACCUUGAACAUCCAGCGCCUCCCCCGCCUGUCAGACCUCAUCCCUCCCUCACUGCCGUCCCCCAGCCCCACAGUCACGGCCUCCCAGGUCCCCAGCUUGUUCCGGGAGCCCUACAUCCUGUCGGGCUACCGUCCCGUCCAGCAGGAUUGGCACUGCUACCUCCUCAGCCUCUUCCAGAGACACAACGAAACCUUGAACGUGUGGACUCAUUUGCUUGUGGGUCCUGUGCUGCUGCUCCGCUGGUGGGCCAACAAAGGCACCCUGGGGUACACCUUGGAUGCAGUGUCUCUGCCGCUGACCCUCUUCUUGGUGUCUUCGUUCACCUACCUGUCCUUGAGUGUGACAGCUCACCUCCUGCAGUCUCACUCUGAACGCGCGCACUACUUCUUCUUCUUCCUGGACUAUGUGGGCGUGGCCUCGUACCAGUACGGCUGCUCACUUGUACAUUAUUUCUACACAUCAGAGGCAUCGUGGAGGGACAGCUACAUUGGGCUGUUGUUUAUCCCCGGGACUGCAUUCUUAGCGUGGCUCUCAUGUGCUGGCUGCUGUUACGCUAAGUUCAGGUAUAGACGGCCAUAUCCACCGCAGCGUAAAAUCUGUCAGUUAAUCCCCACGGCCCUGGCAUACGUGCUCGCCAUCAGCCCCGUAGUCCACCGCCUGUUUACUGUCUCCUGGACACAGGAGCCCUCUCAGCCCUUCCAUGCCCUGCAGAUUGCCUCCUUCCUGCUGUCCGCCCUCUUCUUCUCUUGUCCCAUCCCUGAGCGCUUCUUCACAGGCCGGUGUGACUUUGUGGGUCAGGGUCACCAGAUCUUCCACGUGUUUCUGUCUCUCUGCACAGUCUUCCAGCUGGAGGCUUUUUUCCGGGACUACGCCAGGCGGAGGGAUACGUUGGUGGAGGUGUUCGGAGAGGGGCAGCUGUGGUGGGCAUGUGCGCUCUUCCCCGGCCUGUUUGUGUGUUGCAUCGUGACAGCACUCGUCACAAUGAGGCACAUGAACAAGAAGCUGCAGGGCAAACAAGACAGAGACAAGUGACAGUAAAAGAAGAAGUGGUGACAUUUAAACGUUUAAAUUCAGUGUAGAAUGUGCAUGAAGAUAAUGAAGAACAGUGUCUUAAAAAUGAUGCGUUUUCAAAUGAUCUACAGAUAUGAUGUACAAAACAAAUCACCACUGAAAUUAAAUGAUUCCUUCUAUGGACCAUGACCUAGGCAGCCAAUAGUCGGUGGGUGGGGUCAAUCUAGAGUGUCCUACUAACAAUGACCUAUGGGAAUAGGGUGAUGACCAAUGGGGCGACCCCUAGAGAGGGAAAAGCUGAAAGCAAAAACAAUUAUUAUUAGUAUUAUCAUUAUUAUUAUUUUAAAUGGACCAUGACAUACAUCCCCUGAAAAUUCUUCCUUUACUUUUUGAAGUUAUGCUGCUCCAAGUACAGACAGUCCAACUCCCUUGGAUGGAGAAACUGAGCAGUUUUCCAGUAACAGUCUCUGGUGUCAGGAGAAAACAGCAGCUCUGGAUUACAGCGUUCAGACGAGCCAACAGUGGGAUUUACAGCUGGUGAACAAAGAGGCCAGUAUAACUGUGAAGCAGGGGAUCGAGCACAUGCUUACAGCCCUCCAAGUGGGUGUGUGUGUGUGUGUGUGUCUGUUCCAGUAUUACUCAUGAUGUGGGGACCUACGUCACAUUAUGGGGACAAAAAGCCCCCAUAAUAAAUGAUUACAUUUAAAGGGAUGCCAUUUUGUAUGUUUUGGAUGAGGUUAGGGUUAAGCCAGUAGUAAUAAUGGAUACACUGUAAUGUGGAUGGAAAUGUAAACGCCAUGUAAAUAAAUGUGCAAACCCUU